AUGGAAGGUGCUUACAGUAACAAUAGCAGUUCGAGAGUUAAGAAGCUCAAUGCAUUAAACAUCAACGUUUCACCAAUCAACGUGCAGAGAGACCACCAGCAUUUCUUGGACGGUGCAGGCCGUUUUCAUCAUCUUCUGAGCAGUCCAAGUAUCGAUCAGUCCGCAGCUGUUGAUAAGAGCAAUUUGGAGAACUUGGACUCCAGCCUAUUCAGGUACUUGCUAUCCAGAUCUCAGGCGUCUGCCGUCCCUGGUGAUCCUUGCAAAGCCCCGGCCAUCGACUCCCCAAACUACCGCCCGAUGAUCGGCCAUCAGUAUCUCAGCGGAAGCAGCAACAGUAGCGGAGCAAGCAGUGGAUUUCUUUCUCGAAGCUCGUCGUCCGUGACAGUGACACCACUGGCUGCAGUGGAAAAUUUGGAGACUCCACCGUCGAGGUCCCCGCCCGUUUUCAACACUCCGGUUAAGAUCGAGGAGGACGUGCUGGUGAUGGAUGGCAUUCUAGUCGGGUCGUCGCCAGGUGUUAGGAUGAAGCUGUCGGCAUCGUCCGAUUCCGGCGGAUCAUCGUCGGGGAGCAAUACCUUCUAUAAAACGGAAAUAUGUCGGUCAUGGGAGGAUUCUAGCCAUUGUCGCUAUGGCUCCAAAUGCAAGUUCGCACAUGGAAAGGAAGAGGUACGUCCGUCUAGGUUACCGAACAAGCACAAAUCUGAGGCACAGACGUGCAAGUCAUAUACGGGUUCAGGAUCGUGCUCAUACGGCUCAAAGUGCCGAUUCGUUCAUCAUCGGGCGAUGACAGGCUCGACACCUUCAGGACCCGCGGCAACUACCCCAGCACCAGCAAAGGCUCGGUCAGCCUCGCCCACCAAAUCAGGGAAAUCGAGCAACGCGACUACCCCGGAACCGGCAAAGGCUCUGUCAGCCUCGCCCACCAAAUCAGAAAAGUCGAGCACUAGCAGUGGCGGCACGGGAAGAAGCAAGAGUAAUAUCAGCAUCAAAUCCACUAGCACUGAUUGGUGUCCUCUGGAUGAUGGCAUUAAUGUCACGUUGCCCUCGUCUCCUUCAACUGACGAAGUUCUAUCAAGGGAAGCCGUCAAUUCUAACAUCGAUGGUGUUCUUUACGGCCCAUCUAGGAGGAAAAGGCUGCCGGUGUUUGUUAAAAUUUGUCCAGAGUAGUCGUCGCUUAUUUCCUGGCUGAGCUAUCCGCUCUCUACGUACUAUGGCUGAGCUAGGGGCAAAGGUGAAGUACACAUUAUAGUCACAUUCUCACUCGAAACUUAUAGCAGUCUCUAUACAAAUAUGGGAAUGCUGAACUAACGGAAGGACCCAAAUAAGCCCUGAAUACUUCUACUUGUCAAGGAGAGGACAAUGUCACCUUGCAACUUCUCUCAGAAACGCCAAACAUAAACUAGUCUAGACGCCAAACAUAAACUAGUCUAGCAUGAAUUCAUGAAUGCAUAACCCACAAAACAGACUCAAAAAACCUCUCUCUCUCUCUCUCUCUCUCACACACACACACACACACACAAACAGAGUUUGCUGGCUGUAAUUGAUUGUGGUGGGAAGGUUGCAGAAAAAGGAGAAGACAAUGACUCCAAUCACAUAACCAUACAUAGCUCAGUUUGCUAUUUUCUCUGUGUUUUGAAUCUACAAAUAGCAGAGAAAAUUACGGUUUCUUCAUUUGAUCUAUAACAUAUUAAUAGAAAAACAAGGAGCUAGGAUCCAUGUUGACUGUGUCCUCACUGCAUUGGGCUGCCACUUUUUGGCUGUACUUCGACAAUGAUGAAUCAAGUACCAAGAACGAAUUAUGUGGUUUCAGUAAAAUUAACCUAGUUUAAACUUAGUAGUAAAUACUUCAUACUUUGAGAACUAAGUAUCACUCCCCAACUCAAGGAUCAGUAAUAAGAAAUUUUUUGAGGGGUCCUAAAUACUGAUUGGAAUAGUUCCUUAACCUACGUAACAUGGAUUGGUUGGGCAGGUUAAUUAACAGCUCCUGGUAGGAUGGGAGUUAACAUGGAUUGGGUAACAAGUUAAAUUAUCAGCUUCAGGUAGGAAGUCUUUUAAUCAGGAAACGUGACAUAAUGCAAAUGAGAUGUUUAAUGUGAUUGGAGUACCUAAAAUGAUUGAAUGAAGCCUACCACACAUGAGAAAUUAUAAUGGACAUUACAUGAUGUGGAAUCACAUAAAAUAACUUCUUGUACAUUUUAUCUUGAAGAUGUUGUGAUUAAUAUUAAUAACGGAUAUUAAAGACCACUUAAUUUAAAUUUGUGGCUUUGUUCUAAAAUGUCAGUAUAGAAGCUUCUCUACCUCACUCCUACAAAUAUUAUCACUAUCAAUAGCCAUGCCUAUAUCCCAAGAAUAGGGCGAACAGAUCAUCACUGCUCCAGCACUGAUGCUUUUAGUGGUUGAAUUUGAGAAGCCUCCAAUGGCUGGCGUGGUUGAAUUUAAGAAGUCCCCUUAUUUAGGUAUUAGUACCCCUUAAUGAGCUAAUCGGCUCAGUGAAUUGAACAGCAAUGCACAUGCAGGGUAAAAAUAUUGGAUUAGCCUAAAAGAAGAAAGAAAGAAACAAAAGGUACAAACAAUGGCCUUUUUGAAGCCUGAAUCUAUCUAACCAUUUAUAACUUAGGUGAGUCUUAACAAAACCUAAGCUAGAUGAACAUUAACGUGCAUAAAUCUCAUUACAAAAUUAAUCGUGUUUUCUCACAGAAGAAGCGAGCAUAAGACUUUGACUUCACAUGAAAGAGUAGGUUACAGAGCUACAAUCCAUGCAUUAUAUCUUUUCUAAUUACCGAUUGAAAAUGAAGACGAAAACACUGACCAUUUUUAUGCAACAAACACACCACCAUUACAUGUUCAGAAAAUAUAACCACACAACCGAGCCUACUCAACUCCUCUCCCUCUCAAAUAUAACUCAAAAUUAAACAUUACCCUAAUUAGGAAGGUUUAAGUUUGAAAAUAGCUGCCAAAAAUCUUACUUUUGUAUACAAAACAAGCCAUGAACAAUAUCAUUACUGACAUUAAGUUUAUAGAAUUCAGUCUAUACAUGACAAAAUCAGUCAGAAAGGCCAAAACAUUGCAUGGCAUCAGAAAGACAAAACAUGGUUUCAGAAUGCACAUCUACCAGGAGCGCACCUAACCUGAGUCAGGCAACAAGCUAUGUACCACCAAAACAAGUUGUAAAGUUUUCAACUCACCUGCCCA